CUCGACUCCCACUCUCGAAUCUCGAACCACUCGGGAACAUCCCGUUCUUCAUGUAGUUCGAGGGUCUCUGACGGGUUUGGAACUUCACCGGGCCCUCCUUGUCGGAAUUCCUGAUUCCAGACCACGCAGUUGGGAUUCUUUGAUUAAUAUACCGUGAUGGAAUGGCAACCCCCAAAGGCCUCUUCUCGCCUAAUGUCAUCUCCGCAGACAUCGCAGCUUCAUUCCCCGAAUCAUAUAUAAUUCGACCACUCGAGAGAGAAGAUUAUCACAAAGGGUUUUUCGAAUGUAUCCAAGUCUUGACAGAGACAGGAGAUGUCUCGGAAGAGCGAUUCUGCGAGCGAUAUGAUUGGAUGAAGAACCAAGGCCAGGGAAUCCAUUACUUCUUGGUCAUCGAGCAUCAAAAUCAAAUCGUUGGGACGGGGACAGUGGUUGUAGAGCGAAAGUUUAUUCGUAACCUCGGAAAUGUUGCACAUAUUGAAGAAAUUGCCAUUCGGAAAGAACAUCAAGGCAAGAAGCUGGGAUUGAAGAUGAUUCAAGCUCUUGUUUCUGUCGCCAAGAAUGUGGGUUGCUACAAGAGUAUUUUGGGUUGCAGUGAGGAGAAUGAGCCUUUUUAUAUUAAGUGCGGGUUUGAGAAGAGAGGAAGAAAUAUGGGACAGUUCUAUGAUGAUGUGAAGCCUUCAUGAGGCGAAGUUCGCUUCCAGUUGUAAAUCGGAUCCUUAUUCCAUACAGACGACCUUGGAAAGGAAAGGGGAGUAAUUAGGACUUAGACAAAAGCAUAGAUGGGAAUUGUGCGCUGAAAUGAUACUGAAUUCUGAGAGAAAGGCGACUUUGAAGCGAGUAUGGUUGGGCAUUGUCCCGCUUUGAGAUGAUGUGUGCGAAAAGGUGAAACAAAUCAUUAUGGCAAAGAGUUCUGU